GUUUUCGGUGAUAGUCGGUCUCUUUCCCACGCUCAAGCAAGCUAUAAAGAUAUUCUCUAGAAUCAUAAUCAAAAACCAAAGCUCCGUUUUCUCUCUCUUUCUUACUCUGUUCUUCGCCGAUCUUAGCUUUUAUUCGAUUCGGUUGUGAAGGAGAAUUUGAAAUCAAUACAAACUUGUAGAACACUUAGUUUCUGAGUUUAGCAUGGGUUAUAUUGGAGUUAAUGGCGUUCAAGCGCUUCAUAGGUAUAAGUAUAGCGGCGUGGAUCAUUCUUAUGUUGCUAAAUAUGUAUUGCAGCCUUUCUGGAGUCGUUUCGUCAAUAUCUUCCCUCUUUGGAUGCCACCAAAUAUGAUAACACUUAUGGGCUUCAUGUUCUUGGUUAUCUCUUCAUUACUUGGUUAUGUAUAUUCAUCGCACUUGGAUUCACCUCCUCCAAGAUGGGUUAAUUUUGCUCAUGGAUUGCUUCUCUUUUUAUAUCAGACUUUUGAUGCUGUUGAUGGGAAGCAAGCAAGACGAACAAACUCAUCCAGUCCCCUAGGAGAGCUCUUCGAUCAUGGAUGUGAUGCACUUGCCUGCGCUUUUGAGGGAUUGGCCUUUGCGAGUACUCUCAUGUGUGGUGGAAGAACUGCUUUCUGGUUUUGGGUGGCAGCGGCUAUUCCUUUUUACUUUGCUACAUGGGAACACUAUUUCACCAAUUCUCUUAUUCUUCCAGCAAUCAAUGGGCCUACGGAAGGUCUCAUGAUGAUAUAUUUGAUCCAUUUUUUCACAGCUAUAGUUGGUUCAGAGUGGUGGGCUCAAAGUCUGGGAGAGUUUGUGCCUCUCCUGAGUUGGAUUCCAUUUAUUAGUGAUAUCCCACUAUACAUGGUUUUGUUAUUUUCAACUGUAGCAUUUGCAGUCAUACCUACGGUAUCUUUCAAUGUGCAGAAUGUACACAAGGUUGUUCUUGCAAAGAACGGGAGCAUGUUCCGUGCAUUGGCAAUGCUUUUCCCCUUCCUUGUGCUCAUGGGAGGAAUAAUCGUCUGGGAUUUAUUGUCUCCCAAUGAUAUACUCGGAAACUAUCCCCAUUUGGUGGUUGUCGGAACUGGACUUGCAUUUGGGUUCCUUGUGGGAAGAAUGAUUUUGUCUCACCUUUGUCAUGAGCCAAAAGGAUUAAAAACUAGCAUGUGCAUGUCUCUAUUCUAUUUGCCUUUCGCCAUUGCAAAUGCUCUGACUGCUAGGUUGAACGAUGGAAUCCCUACAGUUGAUGAGAAAUACGUUCUUCUUGCUUACUGUGCAUAUACAGCUUCACUCUAUUUGCAUUUUGCUACAUCGGUUAUUCAUGAGAUAACAGAAGCCCUCGGGAUAUCUUGUUUCAGGAUAACAAGGAAAGAAGCUUGAAAAAUACAGUCAUUUCUGUUUUUUUGGGUUUUGUCCAGCUAGCCGGUAUUAUAUGUAGCAAUCAGUUUCGUGAAGAAUACCCAAACAGACAAUAGUUUUGUAUUACAUAGUUUGAUGUAACUAGAUUGGAUUGAAGUGUAUGUUUGUGAGAGAAAUGCAUGUUGUUUGUAUUUUGGUUCAAACUGUUGCUUUCUUCGCUAAGCAACUGUUGAAUUUCCAGAUUUUUUUUUGUUUGUUUUCGAAUACAGCAUGAAACACCAUUUGUGCAAUUUUUGUUUCAAUUCCUCUUUCUUAAACUUCGGUCUUGAUUUGUUUG